AUGAUAGCUUUCAUGACCAUCGCUUUACUUGUUUCCCUGUUCUUGCGCAACUCAAAUCGCAUUCAGAAAGCCAUUGAGAUAUGCAGGGAAUGUUUGAUUUUGCUAAAUAGCACCGAUCAAAACAGCAAAGACAUCUUUAUAGUUGUUUUCGGCAAGGUGCUGUUUAUCUUAUACAUAAAGUCUGGAAUUAUGCUUAAAACACUUGGCGAAAACCUAAAGGCGAAGGAAUAUUUUGAGAGGGCCCUUGCUAUAGCUACCGAAAUUGGCGACAGAAGAGGAGAAGCAUCAUCUUAUGGAAACCUAGGUACUGUGUUUUUGUCGCUCGGACAAUACGCCAAGGCUAGAGAGUAUCUCCAAAAGGCGCUUGUCAUCAGAACUGAAAUUGGUGACAGAAAAGGAGAGGCAACUGACUACGGUAACCUUGGUACUGUGUUUAUGUUGCUCGGCCAAUACAACAAGGCUCAAGAGUAUCUCCAAAAGGCGCUUGUCAUCAGAACUGAAAUUGGUGACAGAGAAGGAGAGGCAACUGACUACGGAAAUCUUGGUUAUUUGUUUCAGUCGCUCGGGCAAUACGACAAAGCUGAAGAGUAUCUCCAAAGAGCGCUUGUCAUCAAAACUGAAACUGGCGACAGAAAUGGGAAAGGAGCAUGUUAUGGAAACCUAGGUACUGUGUUUCAGUCGCUCGGACAAUACGCCAAGGCUAGAGAGUAUCUCCAAAAGGCGCUUGUCAUCAGAACUGAAAUUGGUGACAGAAAAGGAGAGGCAACUGACUACAGUAACCUUGGUAUUGUGUUUAAGUCGCUCGGCCAAUACGACAAGGCUCAAGAGUAUCUCCAAAAGGCGCUUGUCAUCAGAACUGAAAUUGGUGACAGAAAAGGAGAGGCAACUGACUACGGAAAUCUUGGUUAUUUGUUUCAGUCGCUCGGGCAAUACGACAAAGCUGAAGAGUAUCUCCAAAGAGCGCUUGUCAUCAGAACUGAAAUUGGUGACAGAAAAGGAGAGGCAACUGACUACGGUAACCUUGGUACUGUGUUUAUGUCGCUCGGACAAUACGCCAAGGCUAGAGAGUAUCUCCAAAAGGCGCUUCUCAUCAGAACUGAAAUUGGUGACAGAAAAGGAGAGGCAACUGACUACGGUAACCUUGGUACUGUGUUUAUGUCGCUCGGCCAAUACGACAAGGCUCAAGAGUAUCUUCAAAAGGCGCUUGUCAUCAAAACUGAAAUUGGCGACAGAAAUGGGAAAGCAACAUGUUAUGGAAGCCUAGGUACUGUGUUUCUGUCGCUUGGACAAUACGCCAAGGCUAGAGAGUAUCUCCAAAAGGCGCUUGUCAUCACAACUGAAAUUGGUGACAGAGAAGGAGAGGCAACUGACUACGGAAAUCUUGGUAAUUUGUUUCAGUUGCUCGGGCAAUACGACAAAGCUGAAGAGUAUCUCCAAAGAGCGCUUGUCAUCAAAACUGAAAUUGGCGACAGAAAUGGGAAAGCAACAUGUUAUGGAAGCCUAGGUGCUGUGUUUCUGUCGCUUGGACAAUACGCCAAGGCUAGAGAGUAUCUCCAAAAGGCGCUUGUCAUCAGAACUGAAAUUGGUGACAGAAAAGGAGAGGCAACUGACUACAGUAACCUUGGUAUUGUGUUUAUGUCGCUCGGCCAAUACGACAAGGCUCAAGAGUAUCUCCAAAAGGCGCUUGUCAUCAAAACUGAAAUUGGCGACAGAAAAGGGAAAGCAACAUGCUAUGGAAACCUAAGUGGUGUGUUUCAGUUGCUCGGACAAUACGCCAAGGCUAGAGAGUAUCUCCAAAAGGCGCUUGUCAUCAGAACUGAAAUUGGCGACAGAAAAGGGAAAGCAUCAUGUUAUGGAAACCUAGGUACUGUGUUUCAGUCGCUCGGGCAAUACGACAAGGCUAAAGAGUAUCUCCAAAAAGCACUCGUCAUCAGAACUGAAAUUGGUGAUAAAGAAGGGAAAGUAAAAGAUCUUGCAAACUUUGGAUGUGUGUGUGGAGCUAUAGGAGAUUAUGAAGCCUCAGAAGUAUGCUUAGAGAAAGCUUUAUCGAUGUCCAGAGAUAUUGGAGAUAGAAGAGGAGAGUUCGAAAUCCUUCAACAUUACGCCAUUUUGUAUUUGUCGCAAGAUAAAAAAGAAGAAUCCCGUUCGUGUCUUUAUCUCUGCAUUGAAAAGUAUGAGGAGCUGAGAUAUUUCUUAGGCGCCAAUGAUCAGUUCAAAACAUCAUUUCUGGAGCACUCAGGAAUAUUUCCCUACAAGCUGCUUUGUAGUUUGCUUUGUGACACCGGAAAUGCUCGGGAUGCUCUUUAUGUUGAGGAGUUGGGUCGAGCUAGAGGCCUAUCAGACUUAAUGGUAGAGAAGUACUCGGUUGGAACGCACAUCUCUGCUGAUCCGCAAUCUUGGUUUGGCCUUGAGAACAUUUUUAAAAAGAAAAAUAACUGUAGUUGUCUGUACAUUUCGUAUUUUGACAGUGAUCUGCGUUUGUGGAUCUUAAAGAAAAGUGGAGUCGUUCACUAUAGAAGAAUAUCAGUAGAAGAGAAUCUAGUUCAGGCUGGGUUGCCCAAAGAUUUGCGUUUGAGUCAAUUUUUGUAUGGUAAUUUCCGGAGUCUUGGUAUUUUGCCCACUAAAGAUUGUGAAGAUCGGUCUUUAAAUAUGGUUAAAUUGCAACCUCUCUCCCCCGCACAGAAGAGCUCAGCAAGAUUGCGACUCGUCGAGGAGGACGAGGACGAGGAUGAGGACGAGAAAGUGAUUUCAGCUCUAUUUUUGUGUUACAAAAUGUUUAUUGCUCCCGUUUAUGAUUUGCUUGAGGAGCCUGAAGUCGUUAUCGUUCCUGACCGCAGUUUGUACAAAGUUCCCUUUGCUGCACUGAGUGAAAAGGAGGGAGCCCAAUACCUCUCGGAGACUCAUAGAAUCCGUGUCAUUCCUUCUUUGACAACACUCAAGAUUAUUCAAGAUAGCCCAGAGGACUAUCACAGCAACACUGGUGCCUUGAUAAUAGGCAACCCUAAGGUUAAUUGGCUGCCACCAUUGCCAAGUGCAAGAAAGGAAGCGGAGAUGGUCGGACGACUGGUGGGUGUUCUGCCUCUGGUAGGAGAAGAAGCAACGAAGCAGGCGGUGCUUGAGCGGAUAAGUUCAGUGAGCCUGAUUCAUUUUGCUGCCCAUGGUGACGCCGAAAGGGGAGAAAUUGCCCUCUCCCCAUCCCUAGUACUUCCAACAGGCGAAACGCUAUCUUACCACAUGAAGAUUACAUGUUGA